AUGGAUAAUUUUGAUCAAGCAGUUAUCUGUAGUUUCGAUCCUUCAACUAGAGAAGACAUUAAACAACAAGCUUUAGAAUACACAAACAGAAUCAAAGAGAAUCCAAAAGCGUGGGAAUUUUGUUUAGAGAAAUUAAGAACUACCAAUAAUACUUAUAUUAAAUUCUUUUGUAUUCAAGUUUUUCAAGAUAUCAUUUUACACAAAUAUGAAUUAUUAACAACAGAAGAUAAAUUAAACCUCAGAGUGGGUUUAUUAAAAUGGUUCCAAUCUCAUUUAAUUGUCAAUCAAGAAGAAACACCAAUCAAAAAUAAGUUUGCACAAAUUAUAGUUUUAUUAUUCAAACAAGAGUACCCAGAUGGAUGGCCAGCAUUUUUUGAAGAGAUUCUUUCAUUGUUAAAUUUACAAAAUUUUUCAGUCGAUAUAUUUUUAAGAAUUUGUAAAUCAAUUGAUGAAGAAGUUGUAUCAUUCGAUGUUCACAGAUCACCAGCAGAAUUAGCACAAAAUACAAUGAUUAAAGAUAAAAUGAGAGAAAAGGCAAUUGUUAAUAUUGUGUCAUCAUGGUACGAAAUUUUAACAAAGCAAAAGAAUUCAUCAUUAAUCAAUAUGACACUUCAAAAUAUUAAAACUUAUGUUGGUUGGAUUGAUAUUAAUUUAAUUGUAAAUGAUCCAUUCAUUCAAGUAUUUUGUAACUUUUUAAGGGAAAAAUCAGUUAGAGAAGAGGUUGUGGAUUGUUUCAAAGAAAUUAUAAAUAAAGGUAUGGAUCCAAUGGCAAAGCUUACACUUAUUCAACAAUUAAGAAUCAAAGAUAUUAUUGGUCUCACUUCAUUAGAUUCAUCCGAAUUUGUUGUUAAAGUUGGUAAUUUGGUUAAUUUAACUGGUAUGGAGAUUUUAAGAGGAAUGGAGUCUUUACAACAAGAUCCAGGUAGAAGUUUUUCAAAUGGUGAAAUUUUAUUAAAUGAUAUGUUACAAAUUUUAGUACAAUUCUUCAAUAAUGAAUCAAAUGAUGUUUCUUAUUCAGUUUAUGGUUUUGCAUCACUUUAUGUUCAAAAGUUAAAGGGUAUUAAAAAUAUUAGUGGUCAACAAUUUGAACAUAUUAGAGCUUUAGUUCAAAUUGUAAGAAAUAAAAUGAGAUUUAAAACAGAUAAAUAUGAUGAUGAAGACGACAGCGAAAUUAAAAUUUUAGAUUUUAGAAAAGAUUUAUCAAAUUUAUUUAGAAAUAUUUUUAGAAUUCGUCCAGAUUUAGUUAGUGAGUUUGUAACAGCAAAUAUUUCAAAUAUAUUAACAAAUCCAGGUAUUAAUUAUUCCGAUAUUGAGGUUUCAAUUUAUUUAUUAUUCCAAAUGGGCGAAGGUAUUUCAGCCAAUUCAGAAGAGUCUAUGAAACAAUUCGAAAAGUUCUUUUCAGAAAUGAUUUCAAAUUUAGCAAUUUCAAAUAUCUCUCAAACUUCACAUCAAGUAGUAUCGUUAAUGUAUUUCGAAACUUUAGUUAGAUACGCCAAAUAUAUUCCAUUGGACUCACGUCUUGAUGCCGUCAUUAAAUCAUUUUUAGAUGCCAGAGGUAUCUAUAAUAGCGAUCCAGUUGUUAGAAGCAAGGCUGGUCACUUGUUUAAUAAAUUGGUUAAGCAAUUAAAAGUACCAAUUUUAAAAUAUAUUAACGAUAUUAUUAUUGCUUUACAAAAUCAUUUAAUAAUUUCAUACGAAAUUCAAAAAGUUGUGCCAUUUGAUGAGCAAUCAAGUUUUUAUGAAUUAUUAGGUUUUUUAAUUGGAGCAGCUAUUUUAGAUAAAGAUACCGAAAGUGGAUAUAUUCAAAAGAUUUUAGGUAAUCCAAUUAAUCAACUUAAAGAGAUUAUUGAUAAGCAACUUUAUAAAACCGAUACAAAAGAGAAUCAAUUCUACUCUGUCCAAAUUUGUCAAUUAAUUUCAGUAAUCGGUAAUUUUAGUAAAGGUUUUAGUUCAUUUAAUGCAUCAAAUGGUGCACCAAAACCAGAUUCUCUUUGCCACUAUAAAGUUUAUUUCAAGAGUGCCCUUACUUUAAUAGUUCAAUUACCAAAUCUUUUACCAGAAAACGAGGAAGUUAAAUUCAAAACAUUCUUUUAUAUGCAUCGUAUGGUCGAAUGUUUAGGUAAAGAUUUAAAACCAUUAUUAGAAGACAUACUCCCACUAUUAUUAAGUCACACUGUCACUAUACCAACUCUAUUGGAAUUUUUAGUAUUUAUUAAUCAAUUGGUUGGCAAAUAUAAAGAAGAACUAUUCCAAGUAAUUAAUCACACUCUAAAACCAACUAUUAAUCAUGUAUUCAAACUAUUAAAUCCAUCCAUUCAACCACCAGAACAUAGCGAUGAAGAAAGAUCAAUCAAUGAACUUAAACGUUCUUACUAUCAAUUUAUUCAAGGUAUUCUUUCAAAUAAUUUAGCCAAUACCUUUACCUCACAAGCCAAUCUCGAUGUAUUUGAGAAAAUUAUUCUCCCAACUUUAACCAGUGGUUGUCAAUCAUCAAACGAAGCUAUCCAAAAAGCUUGUUUUGUAAUCUUAAAAAAGAUGAUUGAUGACUAUGCUCCAGGUGGUGCUCAUCACAUUAAUGGCUUUGAACAAUUCCUUUUUGGCCAAAUGGUACCACUAUGCUUUGAGGUUCCAUUAUCACCACAAUUUAACAUUAAUGAUUUUGCUUCAAAUCAAAUUAUUUUGGAAAUUGGUAAAUCAUUAAAAUCAAUCUCUUCAAAAUACGGCGACAAUUUCUUAAACUUUUUAAAGAAUUCAAUUUUACCAAAAUUAAAUGUUACUUCUGAAUUUACCGAUCAAUUUUUAAAGUUAUUAUUACCAACUGCCCAAGUUAAAGAGUUUCAAGAAUGUUUAAAAUUAUUUAUUCGUACAAGAAAAGGAAAAAUUAUCCAACAACAAUUAAAUAGUAAUGGUACAACUCAUGUAAAUGGUAACAAUGCUAAAAGUUUAAAUAAUGGAAAUUAUAUUGGUGUAAAUGGGCAUUAA